UGGUUUGUCUCUGUCCAGGUUAGUCUGGCUGAACUAGUUAGGCUACAGCACCUGUUGCAUACUAAAUUUAAAAUAAAUUAUUUUAAUGAUGUCUUCAAGUCCGGUGAUGUAGGGUAGGCCAAACUGAUCAUUUUCAUGGAUAUUUGAUUAUACUUCCAUGCAAGUUCGCAGUCGACAAUGAGUCGAUGAGAAAGGACAGUUUUUGGUCGGCCAACUUAAUGACUGCCUUUCAUAACUCUUAAAGGGGCAAACGAGUACGAGAAUUCAAACAGCUUGUGGAGGAGACGGUGUUGUAGUUUGAUAACACCUUAGAAGUUUUACUCUGUAUUCUUUGCGCAUUGAAACAAUGUCGCGUGUUCUGAUCGUAGGGGCUGGCCUCACUGGCAGCGUGUGCGCUUGUCUGCUUCGGAGAGAAUUGCCACAAAAAAUAAAAAUUGUCGUCUGGGAUAAAUCUCGUGGAGCAGGUCAGCAGGAAAGUGAUGUUAGCUAUCAUAUCGCAUGUAGCCUGUGGGGUAGAAUGGCAACGAGCAGAAGUCCCACAGAUUCUGCCUGCACAGUGGACCUGGGUGCCCAGUACAUUACCGCCACACCUCACUACGCACGGAUUCACCAGAGUUUCUAUGAAGAGCUUUUGGCCCACGGUAUAUUAUGCCCUUUGGUCAGUUCGGUUGAGGGCAUGAUGUCCCGGGAGGAGGGCCUGACAAACUAUGUGACGCCAAAGGGAGUCUCUUCCAUAGUCAAACAUUACCUCAAAGAAUCAGCAGGAGCAGAGGUGUUCUACGACCGCCACGUCACACACGUCUACCGGAGAGGUGCAUGCUGGGAAGUGUGUCGCAAGGACGGCGAGCCCGAGCACUUUGACGCCGUGGUCCUCACCAUGCCAGUCCCACAGAUACUGCAGCUGCAAGGGGAUGUGGGCUCCUUGAUGGCGGUCCCUCAGCGUGAGCAGCUGGAGGCGGUGAGCUACUCGUCGCGCUAUGCCCUGGGCCUCUUCUACCCACCACACACCUCCAUCCCCGUACCCUGGGCCGCCAAGUACAUCUCCGGCAGCCCGUGCAUCCGCUUCAUCGCCAUCGACAACAAGAAGCGUAACACAGAGUCGUCUGACUGUGGGCCGUCGAUGGUGGUGCACACCAGCGUGCCGUUCGGCGUGGAGCACCUGGAGGAGGAGAAGGAGCGCGUGCAGCCCCUCAUCAUGGACGAGCUGCAGAGGCUCAUGCCUGGCCUGCCCCAGCCCGCCAGCAGCAAGUGCCAGAAGUGGAGGUACUCCCAGGUGACGCGAUCGGUGGCAGAUUGCCCAGGGCAGAUGACUCUGCUCUCAGAGCCCCUGCUGGUGUGCGGUGGGGACGGCUUCACACACUCCAACUUCGAUGGCUGCAUCGAGUCCGCCCUCAAGGUGUUCCAGGUGCUCAAGUCCUCUCUGUGAGGGGAGUGUAGUCAACUGACUAACGCGGUUCAAACUGAAUAUGAGAAGUGAAAUGUUACAGAGAGAAUACAUCUCUGUCUGUCUGUCAGUCUGUCAAUCCGUCCAAUUUCAGUCUUCUCCUUUUUUCCUCCCCCCCCCCCCCCACACACACACACACUCAUCUUUUCUUCUCUCUAUUCCAUCUCUUAUUCUCCUCCUCUGUGCCUUCUCUGUGUCUGUCUGUCUGUCUGUGUGGCAGUGUGUUAUUUCACAUUGCGUCCUCAUGGCUGGGGGUCACACUGUGUCCUCAUAGCUGGGGGGGGCAUGGCUGGGGG